UAAUUUGUUUGCCUGCACCAGGAAGAUCCCGGCACAGUGACGCGCUUUCUCCAUCGGGUCUCGUAGGGAUCCGUGUUUUGCAUCGCUCUCCGAUUUGCAUUUCUUUCUCAGAUUUUCCGUGCUACGUUCCAGCCGCCCAAACCUGCGCGCAUACCUCCGCAAUUGUAUGCCUUCCAAUUUCCCAAGUUGCACGUUUGGAAACCACUGGAAAAUUUGAAUAUUGUUUCUAUGCGAAGCCAGUGGAGUGGAGAGGGGAAAUUCGGAAAUUCGCAUCCACUUGCUGUUAGACUACACGUGCCUAGAGAGGUAGGCAAAAUAUCACUGGGGUUGAGGACGACAGUGUGGGAAAUUUGCCGUUUUUCCAUAUCGGAUUUAAGGAUAUUUUCUGUGUAAGCAGUCUCAUUUGGCUUAAGCGUCGGUUGAGUUAAGACGUUUAGGCUAGAUAUGUCGGAAGUGCUACCAUACAACGAAGAUAAAAUGACUGCUUAUGGGAACGAAGGGGAUGAAGACCACCUUUCCUUCACCUGUCGCCUACAAGAUACCAAUAACUUCUUCAGUGGUUCACAAAAUAAGCGACCACCAAAGCUUGGGCAGAUUGGGCGAAGCAAAAGAGUCAUUGAAGAUGACACGGAUGCUGAAGGGGCGAUGGAGAACCCGACAGAGAAAUCCAACUCGGGAGUGUAGAGAAGAAACACCCCACGAUGGCACCCAAAGACUCGUUUUGUAUAUUUAGCAUUGAUGGUUUCUACCCAAAGACAGUGUAAGACAAAAGCACCCUUUUCCCCCUCCAAGGCAGCAAGCGCUGAGUGUAACCUUUCGACAUCUCGCCAUCGUCGCCACCGAAAAGUCUGUCCACUGGACUCAUGUCCAGUGAGGCAGCAAGCAAGCACACUGAUCCGCAGACCAGGGGAGUCUGCACAUGUGCAUGAUGGAGAUCUAUGUUUUUAAAACAAAAAAGCACUCACACACACACACACACACAAUUUUAUUUUUCCCUCACAUGGAAUCUGAAGCAAUGACAAUGGAGUGUUUCCUUGGUUUUAGAGAGAGAGAGAGUGCAAUAGUUUAUACCUUUUUUGAGGUUUAAGAGUGUGUGUGUGCAUUUCUACACCAAAUCAGCAUGUUGCCCUCAAACUGUGGUUUGGUGUACAAAUCCUGAGGACGAGCGGGCAGAGGCAAUCUCUGAUUCUGAUAGCAAUCGUGACUUUCUUCCACAGAUGGAUGUAAAAUGAUCACUUAGAGGAGAGAUAUUUAUUAAAUCUUUGGAUAAUGUUUUUCAGUGUUUUAAGUCUGAGCAACUGUUUUGUAGGAACAGGAUAACAAAGAUUAUGUUCUGUUAUUUGUUUUAUUUUGUUUUUUCUUUUGUAAUGUACUGAAUUUUGAUGUUGCUUGACAGUUUUAAAACCAUCAGCUCCCAAUGUCUUUUGCAGCAGGUUAUUUUAUACAUAACACAUAUUUAUAAGCUUGUCAGGGUCAUCUGGAAUGUUAAAGGUCAUUAUGAUGAAUACUAAUAAUCUAGAGAAACUAUUUCUAUUGUGUAAAGUAAUAUUGUAGGUGUGCCAAAUUUACAGCAGUGUCAUGUUUCUCCUGUGCUCUUGGCACAAGUCCAUGUUCCUUUGCUCAUGUUUACAGGGCUGUUUCAUAUUGGUGGUUUAAACCCCCUCCUUCCCAUGCAUGGCAAACCUAAAGACCUCGAGACCCUUCUUAAUAUAAACAAUGUUGUAGCCGUUUCACAUGCAUUUCUACCGUAGCAUCUGUAAUAAAGAUUUUUGGAAACCUGGA